AUGCCAAAUCCCUCAGGAUUCGGGGUUAAAGAAUAUCCACUCCCCCCCGGCACCAAUAUCACACAGAUGCAUAUGGUACAUCGACACGGAGCUCGAUAUCCCACUGCUAGUGCCUCUGUGGCCACUCUACCAGACCUCAUAGCGGAACUUCUAGGCAAUGGGACUCGCUUUACUGGAAACCUGGCGUUCCUUAACAGCUGGGAAUACCAACUGGGAAAAGAAGAGCUGACGGCUCUUGGGCGCCAACAGCUCUUUGACAGCGGUGUGCUCAAUUGGUUUAACUAUGGUCAACUUUAUGAUCCCUCCUCACCACUCAUCGCCCGUACGACCACUCAAGUGCGAAUGUUGCAGUCAGCCGAAAACUUCCUGAACGGCUUCUUCGGUCCCAACUGGACGAAGAACGUCACUUUGGAAGUCCUUAUCGAACAAACUGGAUUCAAGAAUCCUCUGGCUGGAGAUAAGGCAUGUACCAAUAACAACAACAAUCGGUCAGCCGCCGGAGAGUGGGCAAGCACCCAAUGGCAGGAGAAAUAUCUGAAGCGCGCAACGGACCGAUUCCGUCAGUCGAUGACGGGCAACCCAAACUGGACAAUUGCGGACACUUAUAAUGCCCAGACGAUGUGUCCAUAUGAGACCGUGGGCUUGGGGUACAGCCCUUUUUGCUCCCUCUUUACCAAGGAUGAGUGGCUGGGAUUUGAGUAUAGCCUUGAUCUAAGCUACUACGGAGGAAACGGAUUUGCGUCUCCGACCGGACGGGCAGUGGGCGUGGGCUACGUCGAAGAGCUCAUCGCCCGACUGCAGCACCAGUACCCUCAUCCGGACGAGGGUUUCGCUGCCAUCAAUGAAACAUUGGACACCAACCCUACAACCUUCCCUUUGAACCAGAACUUGUAUUUGGACUUCAGUCACGAUACCACUAUUUUCUCGAUGUUGACAGCGCUAGGCCUCACACAAUUUGGGGAGUUCCUGCCUACCUCCAGUGUGCUGCCGAAUCGCCAACUGAUUGUCAGCCAUAUUGUUCCAUUCGCGGGCCGCUUCACUAUAGAGGUGAUCAAAGCCCCGCGGCCCGUACAUGGGAAGCGCUCGGAAGAUCCUCAGGUCUCGGCAUAUGAGUCCAAGGGGGGUGAAACAACCUAUGUGCAUAUGUUAAUGAACCAGAGGACAAUCCCUCUCGGAGGCAGUAUCUCAGAGUGCGGGGUGCGGGAUGACGGAUGGUGCGAGCUGCAGACGUUCAUCAAAGCCCAGAAGGAAAACAUUGUAAAGGCGAAGUAUGAUGAGAGUUGUUUCGGCAACUAUUCAAUCCCGGCGUACGGAGACAUCACGACGGGUGCAAUCUGA